AUGGCUAAAACAGAUUAUUUAUUAAAAACUCCUAAAGGUACUAAAGAUUGGGCUGAUAAAGAUAUGAUUAUUAGAGAUAAAAUCUUUAAUACUUUAUCAAAUUUAUUUAAAAAACAUGGUGGUGUUACUAUUGAUACUCCAGUUUUUGAAUUGAAAGAAAUUUUAACUGGUAAAUAUGGUGAAGAUUCAAAAUUAAUUUAUGAUUUAAAAGAUCAAGGUGGUGAAAUUUGUUCCUUAAGAUAUGAUUUAACUGUUCCAUUUGCAAGAUUUGUUGCUUCAAAUAAUAUAAGCUCAAUAAAAAGAUAUCAUAUUGCAAAAGUUUAUCGUAGAGAUCAACCAGCAAUGACAAAAGGUAGAAUGAGAGAAUUUUAUCAAUGUGAUUUUGAUAUUGCAGGUCAAUAUGAUUUAAUGAUUCCAGAUUCUGAAAUUUUAAAUAUUUUAAUUGAUGGUUUAAAAUCAUUAGAUAUUGAAUUUACAGUUAAAUUAAAUCAUAGAAAAAUUUUAGACGGUAUAUUUGAACAUUGUGGAGUUAAAGAAGCAGAUGUACGUAAAGUUUCAAGUGCCGUUGAUAAAUUAGAUAAAUCACCAUGGGAAGCAGUUGAAAAAGAAAUGAUUGAAGAAAAAGAUCAACCAAAAGAAGUUGUUGAUAAAAUUGGUGAAUUUGUUAAACAAAAGGGAACAAUAAAAGAAACUUUGGAAUUUUUAAAAUCAAAAGAUUUGGAAAAUAAAAAUGCUGUAGAAGGUAUUGAAGAAAUGGAAGUUUUAUCAAAUUAUGUUGAAGCUUUUGAAAUAGACAAAUAUUUAAGUUUUGAUUUAUCAUUAGCAAGAGGCUUAGAUUAUUAUACUGGUUUAAUCUAUGAAGCUAUAACAUCUGCUUCAGCUCCACCGAAAGAUGUAAAAGCUAAAAAAUUAAAAGAUGAUGAAGAUGCAUCAGCAUUUGUUGGUGUUGGAUCUAUUGCUGCUGGUGGUAGAUAUGAUAAAUUAGUUGGUAUGUUUGGAUCAAAAUCAAUUCCAUGUGUUGGUAUUUCAUUUGGUGUUGAAAGAAUUUUUUCAAUUAUAAAAAGUAAAACAAAUUUAAAUUCUGUUUCACCAAAUCAUACUGAUGUUUAUGUUAUGGCAUUUGGUGGUGGUGAAGGUUGGAAUGGUUUUCUUAAAGAAAGAAUGUCAAUUAUAAAUCAAUUAUGGAAACAAGGAAUUAAUGCAGAAUUUUUAUAUAAAAAUAAAGCAAAUAUUCGUAAACAAUUUGAAGGUGCUGAAAAAUCAAGUGCAAAAUUGGCUGUUAUAUUAGGUAAAGAAGAAUUUCCACAAGGUAAUGUUAGAAUAAAAAGAUUAGGUCAAGGUGAAGAAAAUGAAGGCGAUUUAGUUAAAAUUGAAGAAUUUGUUGAAAAAGUUAAACAACAAUUGGAGGAAAUUUAG